UGUUUUAUUUAUUGAAGAAAAAUAAAAAUGGCUGCAGUACAAAUGCAAAGUGAAAGUAUUUCUCAAGAUGAAGAUAUUUAUAAAUUAUCAACCAACAGUUGGAAUGAAACAGAAGAGUCUCCAGAGUCUCUAAAAGUUCUUGAUCCAGAUCACCCUUUGAUGAAACGGUUUCAGGAAACACUAAGAGCCCAUCUUAUGAAAAUAAAUAAUAAGUUAACUGAAGAAAUAAAUGAACUUAAAGUUUCUUGUAAGGAAACGAAUAAAAAACGCGAGCAAAAAGGUCUUGAGAUGUAUGAAGCCCAGCGCGAAAUAUCACGGCAACAAACCGAGGUAGAUAAAUACAGAAAGUCAUUGGAAGACAUAAAACAAAGUUGUGAAGAAAAAGAGUGUCAUUUAGUUGAGCUAAAAGACAUGCGUAAUAGAGUACGAAAUGAAGCUGAAGAAGAAAAUCGACGUGCGGAAGAAAUUUCGCGGGAAGUUGAAAGCACGUCGUCGCUGUGUAAACGUUUUUCUGAGUAUGAACAAGAGAUAUCUGAUCAUUUGGCUGUGGCCGAACGAAAGUCGCAAAAAGACGCGAUAGUUGAGAGAGAAAUGAUUCGACAGAAACAGGAAGCUGAUUAUAUUCUGUGGAAACUUUCGGAGGAAGUAUGGAAGCUGGAAAAAGAAAUUUAUGAUUUGAAACAACAAAUGGAAAUAAAGAAUGAAGAAAAGGCGGUGGUUAUUCAGACGAUCGCUGACGCAGACGCAGAUCUCGGAGGACUUCACAGGGAAAGAAAAGAUUUGAUGGAUGCCUGGAAUGGUGUCAUUGCCAGUAUUUUACAGAGGGAUAAAGUUUUUAAUGAACUAUCGCAGGAACGAUCAACCAUGCGAGAAUCUUUCAGGACUUUACAAACUCGAAUGGAGAAAGUUAAGAAAGAUACACAAAAAGAAAUGGAGAACAAUGAAAAAUUAACCGAAUUAAAAGCAAGACUUGAGGAAGAAGUCAAAUGUGCUGAUGCUGGCUACGAGAUGCAAAAAGAUAACGCUGAAGGGAUGCAAUAUAAAAUUGAUAAGCUUGCAAAACAUAUUGAUUACUAUGACAGUCAACUUGAAUCUUGUUCUUACGAAUGUCAAGGUUUGAAAAACGAAGAAAAAUCACUUGAUCAAGAGCUCGAUAAAUUAGCGAAUCAACGAAAGACUUUGGAGAAUGACAUUCUGAUGAAGCUCGAAGACAAAGUUAUUCAAGAUAAAGCUGUGAGAAGUCUUACCAAAGUAUUGCGCGAUACGAGAGAGACAGUAAAUCAACUAGAAUUAUCGAUGAUUCAAAUGGAAAAUCAGUAUGGAAGAAAUUUAUUGAAUUUUGAGAGACUGACAAGUGAAGUUUCUACGCGAAAAGAACAUUUGAAGGAGUUAGUACAUGGCAAUAGUGUAAGGGAAAAAGAAUUGACUGACAUACAGGGACAGAUUGAAAAAUACAACUCACUGAUUGAGCGCAAGCAGAAACAAAUUGCUGAGCUUAAUAAAAAAAUAGACGAGAUUAGUUUGAUGGACGGUGACAUUGAUAUGGCGCCGCAGGACAUUAAAAUAGCGUCGUUGGAAAAAAGUAUCGAGGAGUUUGACGGUAAAAACCAGGAGUCUCAGCAGCAGUGGCUGCGUCAAGAAAGUCUUUUAAUUAGACUGACUCAAGAGCAAGAUGCGCAGCUUGAUGAAAUCAAUCGUCUGAGCAAGCAGAUAAUGAUAAUGGAGCAGAAAAAUUUAAAACUCGAGCACCUGCUGGAUAAUGAAAAGAAAACGGAAAAAAAUAUUGACAGGCGAAUGAAUGAACUUCAUCAGCGGCUGCUUAAAACCAAUGCCGUUCUUGCGGAACAGAAGGAACUGAAAGAACAACUACAGGAUAAAAAUUUAAUUACCAAGGAUGAGUUUAUGAAAAAACUUGAGGAUGAAGAAACUGAGCUUAUUAAACUCAAAAAUAAUAUACGUGAUUUGGCGGAAGAUAAACGUUUACUGGAAGAUAAAUUACGUGACGCUCAUUCGGAAUAUUUUUCGUGGGAAAAAAAAGUCAGAAUGGCUGUUGAUACCUCGAGAAUAAUUAAAGAGGAGCAGAACCCUGGUGGCGAGGUGGCUGUCAUGAAGAGUGAGAUACAUAAAAUGGAGAUGAGAUUGUCUUAUCUGAAGAAAGUACAAGAGAAGAUGAUCAAAGACAUGGAGCACUGCGUUGUGCGGAGGGAAAUGAUUAUGGACGCAGCUUUGGCAAAGGAGCAGAAAAGUUCACGAGGAAGUCACAACAAACAGGUGAUGUUUGAAAAACGGAUGGAGGGACGAAGGAUGAAAAUCAAACAGAUGAACAAGGAAAAUAAAUCACUGGAUAAUAAAAUUCUAGAAUUGCAAGCUGAGAAAAAUAGACUUGACACAGAAACUGAUGACAAUAAAAAAUUACUCAAAGAUUAUGAAGACGAAAUAUGGGAAAUUGAUAGACAAAUUUCCGAAGCUGAACUUAUGAAGCAUCACAAACUCGAGUGCUUGGUGAGAAAACAGCGGAAAAUAGGACUGCUGCAGAAAGUCCGUGAGGGAAAAUACAAAAUGUUUCAUAAAUCCGAAGCAGCAUUGAAUGACGAGCUUGAGCGGCAGAAAAUUUUGAAUGGGAAUCUGAUAGAAAUAAUGGAGCAGACUAGUGUAGAUUUCCCUCAUCUCAAAGAAGAUAUAAAAAAAAUUCUCUUGACAAUACAAUUAUCAUAA